CUCUCAUUCUGACGGCACCCAUUCACUUCCAUUGGCGAGACGGUGAUGCAGUGCUCCAAAUCUGAUAAAGAAACAAACUCAUCUACAUCUUGGAAUGAAUGUAGAAUUGUUUGAAAUAAAUGUUCAUGGUCUCUCGGGCUCCAGGCUUCAUUCUGGGAGUGCUGCGAUAUCUGCAGCUGAAGCCGAGAGUGCAUAAACCCUGGCUCAACAUCGGCAGUCUGGUGGCUUUGUCUCUUGCCUGCUUUGGUAUGACUUUAGUUGGGAAUUUCCAGCUGUCCAACGAUGAGGAGCUGCACAACAUUGGCACGUCCAUGACCUUUGGCCUAGGAACACUGUUCUGCUGGGUCCAGUCUUUCAUGACCCUAAAGGUCAACCUGAGGAAUGAAGGCAGGCGAGCAGGAAUCCCUCGCUUCCUGUUGUCCGGAGCUGUAACUUCCUGCAUGCUGCUUUGUAUCCUUUUUCCUUCCACUGCGAGCACUGACACUGUCGACUGUGCAGAAAGAAAUGAAUCUAGCUGCAAGUAAAUGAUAGGGUUGGGUGAUAACGCCAGAACGUCUCGGUUUCUGAUGAUAUGCAUUAUACAUCUUGCUCUGAAAUAUCUAAAUAUGUCAUUUCAAACAA